AUGAUGGAGAUAUGGAACCAUGACUUUUUUCUUCUUGGCGAGGCAAAGCUCGGCGGCAUGUUCACUUGUUUUGGCCUUAUCCCUGGCGCUUUCUACCUAACGCCGAAUAUGGGUGCGGACGACCAUACCGAAGGCAUUUUACAUCGUAGUAUUUUGGGCAUCAAUAACAACAUCCCCAUUGAGUUCGUCCCCCCUCAAGAUAGUGGCGUUAGCCCAAGCAAACGCCGCUACCAGCAACGGAGCUCGGGGGAGGAUUCGGUUCGCUCGACCGAUUCGGGUGACGUCGAUUACGGUCACGGAUUUAUCUUUGCCCAAUUGGGGCCUCUCUACGCCUUCACUGGGCCCCGUGACUGGGUAGAAGGGCGAAAAUUCAUGACCUAUAACGAUACUAUCGAGAUGGGAUACUGGACUGCCACCGGUUUUGGCGUUGUGACAGAAAUCGACAAGAACGGCCAUUUUGGCCCAAUAACGCGCACUCACAAACCCGUCUUCGACCAGGAAACAAUGCAGCAGCUCCCGGAGAUAGGUCGCCUGGUUGAAGGAUGCACGACGACCUUCACAGUAGCAAAGAUUGCCGAGAACCUAGGGCAGUUAGGAGCAAGGAAGAGCUUCAAAAUCGACCUCAAGGAGUUCGAUGAGCGACAGCUGGUACGGGUGAAGACAUUGGCGGCCGGGCAGGGUCUACAUCUUAUACGACAGUUCAUCAAGGAAUAG